AUGCAGUUCAAGAUGGGGAGCGUCCUGCUGUCUCUUCUUUUCUGGUACAAAGCUGUGCUGGCCCUCUCCCCAGGAGAGGAUGAGAGACUGGAGCUGUGGCACAGCAAGGCUUGCAAAUGCGACUGCCAAGGAGGCCCCAACUCGGUGUGGUCCAGCGGGAGUAACGGCUUGGAGUGCAUGCCAGAGUGUCCCUACCACAAGCCCCUGGGCUUUGAGUCUGGUGCUGUCACCCCAGACCAGAUCAGCUGCUCCAACCCCGAGCAGUACACGGGCUGGUACUCCUCCUGGACAGCCAACAAGGCCCGCCUCAACGGCCAAGGCUUCGGGUGUGCGUGGCUCUCUAAGUACCAGGACACUGCACAGUGGCUGCAGAUCGACCUGAAGGAGGUGAAGGUGAUUUCGGGGAUCCUGACCCAAGGGCGCUGUGAUGCUGAUGAGUGGAUGACCAAGUACAGCGUGCAGUACCGCACUGAUGAGAACCUCAACUGGGUCUACUACAAGGACCAGACCGGGAACAACCGGGUUUUCUAUGGCAACUCGGACCGCACGUCCUCGGUGCAGAACCUGCUGCGGCCGCCCAUCGUGGCGCGCUACAUCCGCCUGAUCCCGCUGGGCUGGCACGUGCGCAUCGCCAUCCGCAUGGAGCUCCUCGAGUGCCUGGGCAAGUGCGGCUGA